AUGGGGGGCACCACGGCCUGUCUGUUACUGCUUCUCGGCAGCUUCGCCUCGGCUCGUAAGAGCAAUGACCACGAUGAGCAGACGGCAGCUUGUCUUUUGGCGACAAAAUUCAAGGCCUACAAGAAAUACGUCUACCAGUACACGACCGAGAGCAGCAACGGAGUGAUGGGCACUGCUGACCUCAGGAACGGCCCCAAAGUCACCUGCCAGGUGGAGCUCGAGGUCCCACAGACAUGUUCUUUCAUCUUGCACACCAGGGACUGUGUCCUGACUGAGGUGUCCAUCACAGAUCCCCAGGGUCAGCCUGUCUACAGGCAGGCUGCAAGCUCUCAGGCCUUCCAGGCUGCUAUGGAGAGGAAGCCUCUUCGGUUCACUGUGGAGCAGGUCACCACCGUCCAGCUGUACCCUGACCCACACGAGCCAGUAAACAUCCUCAAUAUUAAGCGAGGGAUUGUCUCGGCCCUCAUGGCGCCGGUCAUUGAGGAGGAUCAGCACCGCCUCGGGAGCACGAUGCACGGUCUGUGCUUAACCAACCACAGGGUCAAUGCCAGGAAGGAUAUCGCUAUAGAUGUGUCCCUAUCCAGAGACCUUUCCCAGUGUGACCAGUUCUACAGCAGGGCUAUGACCAACAGCCCCCUGGCCCUCCUGCAGGGACUGCAUUAUCCCAUGUCAAAGCUCAUCAGAAGUACUCAUGACUGUAACUACCAGUUUGACAACAGGAGAAAGCACAUGACGACAGCCGAGUGCACAGAAAAACACAUCUACAUACCCUUCUCUCAUGAGGACAAUGGAAUAUCGUCGAUAGUUAAACAGAGUUUGACCCUGAAAAGUUCUGAAAGGAUCAACAGUAGAUACUUUGUGGUAGACCCCAGCCACAGGAGGCCACUUCACUUUGAGGAGCCUGAAGACAAAGCUCCUGUUCAGACUAAGGAUGCCACUCUCAGCACCCUGCGAGACCUGCUGGCUCUGGCUGGUACAGGCCAGGGCCAGAUGAGGGCUAGCCUCUUCCACGAGCUAGUGACUGGCCUCCGUGUCUUGAGGAAUGAGACCCUGAGCCAGACAGUCAAGGAAAUGCUUGAUGUGUCAGGGUUGCUCACUUGGCAGGCACUGCUCCAGUGUGGCACUCCCGAGUGUACCAGUGCCAUUCUGCAGGCCAUCAGGACCGUUGAUGGGAUGUCAGUUGAGGUGGACGCCCUGGUCUAUGGCCUGAGCCUCAAAGCCAACCCUGAUGCUCACCAUGUUCGAGAUUUACUGAGCAUGGCCCAGUUUAAACAGAGCAAAGCUAUCAUGUAUGCUCUGGCCAAUACAGUCAAGAAGUUCCACAAAGGUGUGACGAGCCCAGAGGUCACAGAUGUGUCCAAGUUCAUGGAGACCCUAUUACAGGACUGCUCAGAGGACACAGAGAUGACUUUUCUCUCUUUGCGAGUUGUGGGGGUCAUGGGUCAAGCUAUGAAAGAUGUCAGCCCCCGCCUGGUCAGCUCCCUCCUCCGCUGCGUGAAGAAUGCUGGCAUGCCUUUGUCCUACCAAAAGGCAGCCAUUCAGGCAUUCAGACAGAUGGACAUUGAGACCGAGGUUAGAAAGGUCCUCAUGGAGGUGUACCACGAGGUACACAGCCCUGUCGAGAAGCGUGUGGCAGCCUACCUAACUCUGAUGAAGAACCCAGACCAAGCCCUGGUAACUGAGCUCGUCAAAUCUUUGGCGGACAUGGCGGAUAAGCAGCUCGCGAGCUUUGUGGUCUCUCACCUCAGCAACAUCCGCCUCUCUAACGAACCACGGAUGCAAGUAAUCAAAAAGUACAUUGAAAUGGCCUUGACAGAUCAACUGUCCCAUACAAACAUCGGAUUCAUUAGCAUGUCUCGCAACUAUAAGCUAGAAACGCCCCUGGCUUCAGCACAGGGCAAUAUCAUCUUUGAUCCUACCAACACCAUGCCCAAGGAGAUAAUGCUUGAAACGACCCUCAAAGUUUUUGACUACAACUUUGACAUUUUCGAGGUGGGCAUCGAGGGACAAGGAUUUGAGCCAACCAUCGAUGCUCUGUUUGGUGAGAAGGGUUUCUUCCCUGACUCCAUCUCAAGGGCUUUAUACUGGGCAGGCGACAAUGGCCCAGAAACACUCAAAAGGGUUUGGGAAAGAAUUGCCCCUGACAGAGGCAAAAUGAAAAGACAGGUUACACAGGACUUUUUAAAAGAUGUCAAAGACCACACCAAGAGACUCCUGGAUGCUGUGCAUUCCUCACCAGCCCCUGAGGCCGCUGCCUACCUUAAGCUUUUAGGACACGAGAUAGGAUAUAUCAAGACCAGUGAAAUGAGGCAGAUGGCUGAUACUCUGUUCAUGUAUUAUCACACCUUCUUCAGGGUUCUACCUGCUAAGGCUUUUCAUACGCUGACAUCAAGCACUGCCAAUGAGCUCUUCGCCCACUACAUCUUCAUGGAAAAUGCCUUCUCCCUACCCACUGCCUCUGGCUUCCCUCUCAAGUUUUCACUUGCUGGAGUGUUUACCCCUGGUGCUAAAGGAGGCCUUAAUUUAUCACCUGGCAUGCAGCAGCUGUCUUUCAUGCCGUCAGUCAACUUGGAAUUCAUUACCCAAAUGGGAGUGCAUAUUCCAGACUUCGUAUUGGCUGGAAUAGAGAUGCAUGCCAACAUUUAUCACGAGAGUUCUCUCAACGCCAAGGUCACAAUCAACAGAAACCAAAUUAAACUGUCCAUCCCAGGACCUACGGCCAAGACUCAGCUGCUCAGCUUUAGCAACAAGCUGCUUUCAGUCUCUUCUGGUCGGACAAAGAUAGUGCCCUCCAUGGUGGAGGACAGGAGUGAGUCCACGGAUUGCAAGCCCCUUUUCACUGGCCUGAAAUACUGCACAACGGCGCGCUACUCGAAUGCCAGUUCCGGUGACCAGGCCCCCUAUUACCCACUGACAGGUGAAACCAGGUUUGCAUUUGAGAUCCUUCCUACAGGGAAGGUUUCAGAGUACACUGCCAGCAUUACGGGUGAGACGCUUCGAGAGGGCAAAGACGGUCGUCACAAAGUUGACUCCCUUAAACUAACCUUAAAGGCAGAAGGUGCAGAGUCAACAGAGGCCAUAGCAGCCCUCAAGUACAACCGUAACAAGAAAAUUCUGACAAGUGAGGUUGUCAUCCCAGACUACAAUGUGGAAGCAGGCAUCAAACUGGCUGUCACUGAUACAAAUGCCAAGGGAAAGAAGAUGCAAGGCAUCACAAUUGAUGUUACCAACAGGAACAUCCCACAAUUAACUCUGGUAGGACGUACCAGACUUGAGAUGAUGAAGGAUGCCAUGUUGCAAAUCCAGAUGGUAAUUCCCUCCAUAAAAACCGAUGCCUCCCUCACUGCUACCCUGAAGAAGGAUGAGGGCGUGGUCAUGGGGGUAGAGACAGUAAUUAACAUGCCUCAGACAUCCUGUCUGCAUAAGGCUACCCUUAAAUAUGAUGAUGACAAGUUUGAGGCCGAAUUACAUUCGGACCUGAAUUCAGAGAUUCAGAAGAUGAUCCCGAAUGUGGAGAACUACCACAGGCACCUGCAGCAGCUCAUUGAUGACAUUCUGGACCAGAAGGUGGCCAAGACUGAUAUGAAAUUACGCCAUAUUGUCACUAAAGGCCUUGAGGCAGGUACUAUUUGGCUUGACAAGUUAGCUGCAGGCCUCCCCUUUGUUGUGAACAUGCGAAAUAGAAGAAGCAUCUCAGAGCUUGCCUUGCCAUCCCUGCCUGAUCAUUUUUUCCUGCAAUCUGACAGCUUGUUCAGAUACCAGUUUAACAAGGACAAGAUGGCCAUCUCGCUUCCUCUACCCCUGGGAGGCAAGGCCGCAGAUGAGCUGAACAUACCUACCACUCUGUCCAUUCCGCAGAUUCAUUUACCAAAGAUAGGGCUACAUAUUCCUGCCAAAAACUAUCCAGUGCCAUCCUUCACCAUACCACAGUCCUUGGACUUAAUUAUCCCCCUCUUAGGUCUUGCUGAAGCAUCCACCAAGAUCAACACAAACUUUUACAACUGGGAAAGCUCCAUCUCUGGGGGUAACACCACCAUAGAUGUCCCCAGCUAUAUUGUGCAAUACAAAGUGAUGGCCCAAUCACCUAUCAACCUGCUGUCAUACAAACUUGAAGGAGCUGGGAUGACUUCAGGAAGAGUGGAAGACAACCUCAAAUAUCUUCUGAAUGGUUCCUUUAGCCAUAGCCUCCUUGAUGCAAGUUUCAGUGUCUCGGAAGCCUUGAGCAUAACAGAUAAAAUUAACGCAAGGGCCAACUACAAAGUUGAAGCGUCAAGUCCCAUAGGCCUGCAUACCUCUUUCUAUUACUCUGCUAAAUCAGCUUCUAUCUCAGAUGAAGUAACGGGAGAUGGGACAUUGGAUGGAUCAGUUAAAAUGGGUUCGCUGUACACCAACGUUACCUACACCCAUAGCUACACUCUACACCCUCUUGUAAAUGAAGGAAGUGGAGAGUCACAUCUGCAUAUCAACUCACCUUUCAUCCAAGCUCACAACAUGAUCCAUGGAGUCUAUAAGAAUGCAAAGUUGAACAUUGUGUCGAAAACAAACACACACAAUGAUGCAGUCAAGCAUGUUGGGGAAGUUAAAUAUAAGGAUGCCCAACUGACUUUAGAGAGUAAUGUGGUUGCCACGGCCAUGGGUAAAUCAAUCAAUAAUAAAGCUGAGCUUGGCCUGUCGAGACACAUGGCUAUUCUCAGGAUUGAGACACAGGCAGAUGAUGCAAAACAGAGGGCAUACUCCCUCGUAACAGGAUCUCUCAAUUUGAAUGGACUUGAAUUCAGCUCUGAAGGUUCCCUUACUUUUGCUGCAGGCCGUGGGUUGCACAAGGCUUUUGUGGCAAUUGGCAAAAAUGGUUUGGUCACCAGUGGAACAAACAGCAUUCAGUGUAGCCCUAUGACAUUUGAACACAUCUACAGUGGUAUCAUAAACAGCAGUGGAGCAUCGCUUUCUUCCAAGUGCAAAGCAGUGGCUAAGGCAAGUAGAGGAGAGUUGAAUAUUGAGGGUAAAAUUACAGCUGCAGAGGCAUCUUGGAGCAGUGACCUCAAAGGCUAUGCACACGAUGUAACCACAAGAAACACCAUGAACAUUGUAAUGAACCAUGGAGCUUUAACUUUUUCGAGCAACUUGAUGGGAUCGCUAAAGCAGAUAAAAAGUGAAAACAGUCACUCACUGACCCUCACUUUAUGGACCCUUGCCCUACGCUCCAAGACGGACAAUUUUGUUUGUGAAGAUGUUCACUACAAACAUGAUAUCAAGGUUGAUAUUAAGCCAUUUGUAACUUCAUUAGAUGUGAUGAAUGACCUAAGGUUCUACGAUAUUGGUUUUAACAAUAAGGGCAACAUGGAACUUGAACCAUUUAAGAUGGACCUGACUGGAAGUGUGAAGGGAAACUAUGGAGAGGAACAGGAGAUAAGACAUACCUACGAUAUCAAUUAUGCUGAUAUGUCUGGUACUGUGAAAUGUAGCACAUCUGGAAAUAUAAUAGAUGCCCAGUUGAGUCACAAUUGUGAAUUCGAAUUUGCUGGACUUUCCUCCAAGUCAAUUUGUGAAGGGCGAAUCAAUUCUAAGCUUUUACACUUUGACAGCACGAUACGCACCAUGGCAUUGCCUUUCAGCCUUACUAUUGACACCGUUGUAAACGGUGAUGGAGAAAUUAAUCUAUAUGGGAAGCACACUGGGCAGCUUUACAGCAAGCUGCUGGUUAAAGCUGAACCCCUGGCUCUUGCAUACUCCCAAGAUUUCCAGGCAUCAACAACGCAUAUGCUCAAAACUGGGGAAUCUUCCACUUCUGUAGACAACAAAUUGCAUGGUUUCCUGACACCCAGCAAACAGUCUUGGACCUUGAAGACCAAAUCCAAGGUGAACAGCCAUGCAUACAACCAAGACAUCAAUACUUACAAUAAUCCUGAGAGGAUUGGAGUUGAGUUUUCUGGAGUAUUGUUGACAAAUAUUUUCAAUAAAUUAAGCACAAUUAGAGAACAGAGAUCACUGCCAGAAAAACAAGAAUUCAGUGUAGCAGGCUUUCUCAAGUAUGACAAGAAAAGUGAUUGCCAUAUUAUUGAAAUUCCUUUCUUUGAGAGCCUUCCUGUUGCAUUUCAACAGUUAAAGAAUGCUCUUGUGAAUGCCCUUGAGUCGCUGCAACAAUUCAUUAUUGGCCUACAUAUCAACGAGGUAAUUAAUGGAUUUCAAGCAAAGUUGGAUCAACUUCCACUGCAAGUGCAUAACUUAAUGACACAGAUGGAACUGGACAACAAAGUGGAUGAGAUCAAAGAAAAACUUUCUUACAUGAUAAAGGAAUUUGCAGUAACGAUGGAUGACUUGGAGCACACUAUGGAGAACUUAAAAGUGAACUUUGAAAACACAGUGAUGUACGCUGCAACCAAAACAAGAGACCUAAUUCUUGCAAUCAAAGACUAUGUGGCAAAAGGAGACUUCUCUACAGCCUUAUCAGAUGUGUUCUCACAAAUUGGAAAUGCACUCAAGGUGUGUGAUGAAAAGUACAAAAUGAGGAACUCAAUUAUUAAAUCGAUUAAUGUGAUUGAGGAUGUCAUUAGACAGAUUGAUCUGCAGAAGCUUACUGGAAGCAUUGCAUCAUGGCUGAAAUAUUUUGAUUCUGAAUAUAGCAUCCUUGGAAAAAUCAAAGAAAAACUGGCAACAUUAAAACAAGCAGUUGAGACCUUUGAUGUCAAUUUGUUUUUCCAAGAUCUCAUGGAUUAUAUUCUCUCAAGGGAUCUGCUUAUGUAUAUUGAGCAGCUUUCAUACAAAAUACCCACCUCUGAGAUAGUGGGAGUGAUUGAAUCUGCGAAUGAUGUUAUUGUCAACUGGAUUGAAGAAUAUGAAAUACCCAACAAACUUAAUGCUGUCUACUUCUAUGUUAGGGAUCUAUUUGUAAAGUAUGAUCUAGAUAAAAAAUUUAAUCAGUUAUUAGAUAAGGCUCUGGUGCUCAUUAAAGAUUUCAAAAUUGAGGAGACUUUGCAAUCACUGGUUGAUAAUUUGAAAGCUGUUAACGUUGAAUAUAUCUUUGCAAAUAUGAUGCAGUUUUUGGAUAGAGUGACAAGCCAGCUAAAAGCAACUGACUUUAAGCAAAGUGUUGACGAGCUUAAUGCAAGCAUUUCCUCAAUGAUUAAGUCACUAAAGGACUUUGAAUACAGUGCUUUUGUUGACGAGGCGAAUAAGAAAAUUGUUGGACUAACAAAUUAUAUAAACGAGCAAAUUAGAACAUAUGAGAUGGUACAAAAAGUUGAGGCCAUUAGGGAAUUUUUCAGAGAGAUCCAAACCUCUCUUUUCAAAUACUUUGAGAAGCUCAAAAACACAAAGGUGGCCGAUGUUGUGAAGAAACUGAAUAAUAUGAUGAACUCGACAGCCUACAAUGAUAUCAAAAUGAAAAUACAGGAUAUGCUUGGAGACAUGAGGCAAAGAGUACUCAACAUGGAUAUCAGAAAUGAAAUUUACAUAUAUCUACACAGGACAAGUGAAUUCUACACCAAUAUGAUUGCCUACAUUUCUACUCAGUUGAACCGAUUGAUAGAAGAGAUCCAUAAAGUGGUAAAAGAUCAUGAGAUCAUCAACCAAAUUAAGCAAGUUACAGCUGGAGUUUUGGAUGCAAUGAAGAUUGCUGAGAUUGAGAUUCCCUCUUUUAUCAUGCCUCUAACUGACCUUGUCAUUCCCGCAUUUACAGUUAACAUGAACAAACUGUGGGAGAUCAGUAUCCCAGCUCAAAUUUCAGUUCCUGAAUUCACAAUCCUGAGUUCAUUCACAAUUCCUGCAUUUACCAUAGAUUUUGAGGAGAUCAAAGUCAAGAUGGUUAUAAUCAUAGAGCAAAUCAGAGAGUUGAAGAUUCCAAUGCCUGAGCCUGAGGAAAUCUUUGGAGACCUAACGGUUUUCUAUUCAUUUGAACUACCAGAUUUGACCUUUCCAGAGAUAAGACUGUCUGAAAUAAAACUCCCUGCCAUCAAAAUCCCUAAACUGAAUACUGAAGACUUUGAAAUCACGAUGCUUCCCAUUCCGGAGAUCAAAAUUCCAGAGGUUCCCAGUGAAGUAUGCAUUCCAGUUUUUGGCAAAUUGCAUGGUGAAUUUAGACUGAAUUCGCCAUAUUAUUCUCUUGUGACAGCAGGAGCUAUUGAGAACUCAACAACUGUCCUGAUGACUCCACAGUUCACAGCCACCUUGACCUCCCAGGCCAUGUCAAGUAUCGAGUUCCUUGACUACUCCUUAAAUGCAGUUUGUCGGCUGGAGGCUCCCAGAAUGAAGAAGUUGCUUUUCGCUGAGAAUGUGAAAGCCACGCAUAGAGCAUUCUCCAUUGAUCAUGAGGGAUCACUGACUGUCACUGGCCCCUCUGCUGAAGCUGCCGCCAAGACCACUGCCAAGGCAACAACCCAAAUGUACACAGCUGAUUUGGUCAGUAACCUUGCACUUAAACUAAAAAGUGGAAUUUCUGCAUCAAUAGACUCAACCUACAGCCAUGAGUUGAACAUUCCAACAAUUGAAACUUCCAGUCAAGCAGUGAUGACACAAAAUUUGGCAGUCAAAAUUGAAUCUGGUGGAAUAUCUCUAUCUGCUGAAACUAAUGCAAAUGGUAAAUGGUCCAUUCAAGACUACUCCGAUGAAGGCGUACACACAAACAAUCUAGAAUUCACAAUCACUUUUGACUCGGCCAAGUUAACCUUUGGUGGGGAAACUAACAGUAAGACCUUGAAAAUGAAGCAGACAAUGACCGCUGAAUCAGUCAUUUUAAACCACAUCAUUGUUAAAGCAAGAACUGAGACUGAAGUUCCAUUUAUAAAGAGUAGUGUCAUGGUUUUGAAUGCAGAGGCUCAUGUUGGGGACUUGAAAAUGACCCUGCUGGCCUCUCAUGAUGCUGAGCUCACUGGAAGAAUGAGUGGAUCCAUUUACAACUCUUUAGAAUUCUUGGCCCGUCCAUUUGAGAUUGUGGUGGAUUCUAAGAAUAAAGGAAACUCAAAGAUUAGUUUCCCCCUGAAACUCACUGGCAAGGUGGAUCUCCAGCAUGACUUAAGUAUUACUCUUAACUCCAAAAAGCACCAUGCCUGUUGGGCUGCUCUUGCCAGAUUCAAUCAGUACAGGUACCAUCACAAUCUCACCAUGGAGAAUAGUGAAACUGACAUAUUUCUUCACACAUCAGCCAAUGGAGAGGCUAAUCUGGAUUUUUUGACAGUGCCCCUUACUAUCCCAGAGAUAAGAGUCCCUUAUCUUGAAAUAAAAACAUCUGAGGUUAAAGAACUUUCUCUUUGGGAACAUGCUGGUUUCAAAACGCUGCUCACCACUCCUCAACAGUCAUUUGAUAUGAACCUAAAGCUUCAUUACGAUAAGAACCCAGAUACGCACAGCUUUGAAUUGGACCUUGGACCUAUCUACAGUGUAAUUAACGAGAACGCUAACAUCCUCCAGAAACAAUUUGAAAACUGUAGAGACAAUAUAGUGGCACUUUUGAAAGACUCAUACAACCAAGCCAAGCUACAGUAUGUCAAACACAAAAUUGACACUACUAGCCAGCCUCCCAGAAUCUUCACUGUCCCAGGAUACAAAGUACCAUUUUUGAAUAUAGAAGUUUCUGCAUUUAGGGCAGAAUUGCCAGCUUUCAGCUAUUUUGUCCCCAAGGAAGUCAGUACACCUAGUUUCAAAGUUCCAGCAAUAGGUUUCUCUGUGCCCUCUUAUACCCUUGUGCUACCAUCACUCGGAGUGCCUGUAAUCCAUGUUCCAGAAGCACUAAGUGAACUGACUCUGCCCACUUUCAGACUACCUGUUAUUCAAAACAGCAUUAUGAUCCCGGCCAUGGGUAAUCUAACAUAUGAUUUCUCUUUCAAGUCCACUGUGGUCACGUUGAACGCUAAUGCUGGCCUCUACAACAAGUCUGACAUCGUUGCCCGAUUUGGAGCUUCUUCAAUAUCUGUGUUUCAAAUUCUGAAUGGGAAAGUUGAUGGCACUACCAGUUUGACAAAGAAAAGGGAAAUAAAAUUGGCCACUACCAUGUCUCUGGAGCACAGGAAUGUGGAAGCAAGUCAUGACUAUAGUGUUAGUCUCUCUAAAAGAAGCAUGGAGAUUGCUGUGGUCAAUAUUGCCAAAAUCAAUUUCCCCUUUCUCAAUGUCGAAUUGAAUCAGGAACUUCUUGCAAAUACAAGGGCUAAACCAAAUGUAGCCAGCAAGAUGAAAAUGAAAUACACGUUUAAUAUUCCACUGAUGGGGUCUGUUGGCAAGGGAAACAUUGACCAGGAUCUUGCAUUGGAAGCACUGACUUCCUAUGUCUCAUUGGAGGCCUCUACCAAAGGAAAAACACACAUAACAGUACUGGGCAGUUGCAAUGUAGUCGGUGAUCUAGAAAAUGAGGCCAUUUUCUAUCUUAAUGCCAAUGGCCUCCGUUCAAAUUUUAAGGCUGGUCUCACUACAAACAUCGAUGAAAAACAAGUGAAACAAAAACGAAGCCAUGUCAAUAACAUCUUCCAAUUUGACAUGAACAAGAGCUUUGCUCUUGAGAUCUCCCUGCGACAUGUGUAUGCAAAGCUGGAUUUUUCCAGCAACAACAAUGCUAAUUUUGCAGUUUUGACCACAAAUGGACAAUAUGUUGUUAAAGGCACACUUGAUUUUGUCCCUCUUGAAAUCCGUAAGGCUACAGUGGAUAUUGAUGCAAGUCAGCUGAGCAGUUUGGGUCAUGCUGGGCUUUUUCAGAACAUUAACCUUGCUAUUACCUCCGAGAAGCAGUAUUUUACCUGGAGUGCUAAGGAGCAACUGUCCUCAGUGAUCCAAUCGUGUGAUUUUCUUGUGUCUAACGAUGAUUCUGAAAUACGUAUGGAGUUGAGUGGGUCCAUGGAAGGUUAUCUAGCUUUCCUGAGGUCAAUAAAGCUCCCUGUUUACCAGAGAACCCUCUGGGAUGUGCUCAAGUUUGAUGAAUUCACAAAUUUGGAUCAGCAUCAAUUCUUCAACGUGUCCAGUAGCCUUGUAUACACAAAGGCCACAGAUGGAUAUGAGUUUGCCAUACCAUCUAAGUUUUUGGAGAAUGGUGUCACUUUUAGCAUUCCUGAGAUUACCCUUGCAGUGCCUACUUGGGUAAAAGAAAUCCCACCCUCCAUAAAGAAUAUCGACAUGCGAUUUGAAAACAUUGACGUCCCUGAUCAUUUUACACUACCACCAGUAAUAUCAGUCCCAGCCUUUGAUUUACCCUUUACCACUCUACAUGUAGAACCCUUCACAGUGGAUCUAAAGAAUCUUAAUAUUCCUAAAGUGAUCACCACCAGAGCCUUUAAGGUUAUGCUGCCUGUCCUGCCAGUGAUCGCAGUCCCCAGUUAUGACAUUGAAACAGAGUUUUUUCUAGGCAAAAUGUCUUUCCUGUCGUUCAAGAUUCCACAGUAUGAAAUCACUGUAUCGUCUUUCACCCUACCCAAAUCCAUCAUGGUUGAAAAGCACACUACCAACUUUCAUGACAUAGCAAAUCACAUUUUAAACUUUGAAAUUCCAACCAUCACCAUUCCAGAGCAGAAGAUAGAAAUUCCUGAAAUUGCCCUACAUCUGCCUUCAUCUGUGUUUAUCCCAGCAUUUGGUGCUCUCUCCACUACUUUUAAAGUUCUCUCCCCGAUCUAUAAUGUGACAGCAACUGGUACUGUGGAAAAUAAGGAUUCCAGUGUUGUAACCUCAGUGAAGUCUAUCUGCACAUCUACGAUGAUUUUUUUGGCGUAUGACUUGAAAGCCACAGCAACCUUUGGAUUUGAUAAUGGAGGCAUCAGCUUUAAUGGAAAAGGCAACUUGAUUCAUAGUGAUAUAAAUGUUGACUGGCAGCAAGUGUUUGCACAAAAUUUGAGGAUGACGCGCCAAACCUCUCCGGCUGAUACAAUGUUGCGACAUCAUACUCUGAAUGUUGACAUCACAAGCCCAACUUUUGUUGAUACGAGCUUCCGCUUUGCUUCCCGCAAAGAUGGAAUCACUGCAUCUGUGUCUUCCCCAUCGUCUGGUUUCCUUGGUCUUCACCUUCAGCGAAGGUCUCCAUCACAAUUGUAUGGAAAACUGUUCAGUCGUUACUUGUCAACUCCAGAGACGGACACUGACAUUAUGACUGUCAAAGCCACUCUGAGAAAUGCUGAGAAGUUGAGUUUACAGACCUCCUGGAACUUAGAAGUCCUUCAUGAUAUGUUUGAAGGGUCCAAGGAGAGGUUGCCUGCCAUUACUGAAGCUGUGCUUAAGUUCAUCAACAAGUAUCACACUGCCCACUUUGGCUUUGAUCUGAAUCGGGCUGGAAUGAAGUUGAAAAACUCUGUCUCCAAUGUCAUAGAAAGAGCCUAUCAUGAGGUCCCCGUGUCUCUGAACACACUGCAAAAUUCAAUUGAUGAGCUAAGGGAUCAAGGGAAAAACAUCUUCAUGAAGGCUUCUGACAGCAUUAUGUCCAUCAACAUGCAGGAUUUGAGAAACAGUAUAAAUAUCAAGGCUAAAAACCUUUCAAAGCGCAGUGAACAAAACAUUAUGCUUUGGCUGGAUGCAAUUACAAAGUUUUCAAGUGACACCAAAUCUGUUCUGCCUGGAUCCAAAGAAAAGAUUACAGGCCUGGAGAUCUAUCAGUGGGCUCAUCGCUGCGUAGCAAUGGUCAUUGACAGAGUAAUGCAAAGGUUUGUCGACCUCAUGGUGGCCAUUGGUGACACUAUUUCCAAUCAUAUCAGAGUAACUGAGCUCACCAUACCUGGAACCAAUGUUACUGUUAAUGGGAAGGAGAUCAUGGAAAACCUGAUAUCUGCUUUGCAUUCCAUUCAGGAUCAGAUAGUGCAGUUAAUGCAUAGCUGGGAGGGCCUUAGUGUGGAAUUAUUAUUGAAAAAAGUUAGUGACCUCUUGCAGAUUUGUGCCACUAAGGCAGAGGAGGUUAUUGCUUCCCUGAGAUCUGAAAAUAUGGCGAUUGCGUCCCAAAUUGAUGGCUUUUAUUUAGAAGCUCAAAACACUCUGCAAUCUUCCAAACAAAAAAUUGAAGAUAUCAAGAUAAGUCUAGGUGAUUUUAAGGACCUUGCCAAAUCAACGGUUCAAGAGGUUUAUAAUGGCAUAAAUAUGGAGCAUGUGAAUAAAGAUGUCGAGGUGUUCAUCAAUAUUUUACAGUCACACCUUUACAGGGGAAUUAAUGAAAGCAUAGGUGUAAUGGAAAUGGCAGCUCAGAAUACAGCCCCGUAUAUGAGAGUGAGUAAUAAAAAGAUGGACAUUGAUAUUCCCUUACCAUUAUUUUGGAAGACUUUCAGUGAAUGGCCAACAACAUACAGGGAAUAAGGUCCCUCUAUUCCCAUCAUAUUGGUUGGUGUAUGGCUGAUGGAAUUAAAGGUGCAUUGUGUAAUAUUUACGCUUUCCUGA